AUGUACGAUUUCACAUCGAGCACAAAAAACGUCCACAAAGGACAUCAGAGCUUGGAACAAAAACUUAGGUGAGUUAAUAGCGCUAUCCCAAGAGCGCCACGUAAAUAUGUUAAUUGAUUUUAUUAAUACAAUUUUAAUAUGUAUAUUAAAACUACAAAAUAUUUAUAUCUAAUUAAUUAGAAUAUGAAUUAAUAAUCGGCAUUGAUAUAAGAAACAAGACAAAAAGCGUCCUGAAAGAAGUUCGAGAGAACAACAGGAACAAAACUGAAAAAAGGAUAAUCCUACAUAAAACAGGACGUGUGGUCAUCUAGUUUACGGUUAUAAUUAAUUCCAUUUAGUAGACGGUUAGUGAAUCGCCAAAAUGUAAAUUUGUAAAUGUGUUAAAAUACCUACUGAAAUAGUAGAUAAACUAUCACAAUCGAAAAAUAAAACUAUAGGUACCUAAUUUCAAAAUUGAAUAAUAUUUUUUCUCCAUCGGUGUUUCAUAUUAAUUUUAUAAAUUAUAAGUUAUAAUUAGUUAUUAACUUAUUUGAUAGGUAUUAAUUCUGAUAUGGACAUAACAUAAUUUGGUGAUAAUAUUAAUAACAAUAUCAUGGCCAUGAUUAAAUCUACAUGUAAACAUGUCAUCUAAAAAAUUUAACUAAGUAUACCAAGUUCAGUAAUUCGGAAUUACUUUUAUCCGCAAUACCGAAGGUGGAUGAUAAAGUACAAUGUCUACAUAUAUGAUAUCCAAUUUAGGUAGGUAAUUACCGUAUUAUGUAAGAAACGAUUUACAAUUUAUUUGAUUUUCUUCAACAAUUUUCACCAGAAUUUUUACAACAAAAUUAAGAUUAUUUUCCACUGUCAAUAAUCAGUACCUAUAUAUAAACAUCAUAAACGAAUAAUGACAAUAUGGGUGUCGCGUAGAUAUUUGAUUAAACUAAUUAUUAUUAUUCAUCUGUUCAUCACACGUGUUGAGUUCAACUAGCAACAGGACAUCUGCACUCUGCAGUAAACAGUAAACCCUCUUACCAACUCUAAAUGAACAGUUAAAAAUUCACCUAACCUAACCAAAUUACAGUAAUCAACCCGCAAAAAUGUUAUCAGUAUAGAAUUUACUCACGAUUACAAUGUCAAAACAAGCCUAAUGUUAAAUUGGUAUUAUGCGUAAUGCGUAUUGUACAGUAAAUAACGCAAGUACAAUAAAAAGGCGGAACAAUUUUGAUUUGAUUAUCAGUUGAAAGAAUCACUUUUGACUUUGCAAGUCACAUCUUGUUUUAUAAUAGCCAUAGGGUAACCGCCUGUACAACAGGGAUAGAUAUGAGUAUUUAUACUAGCUAGGUAUUUUUAUUGUUAUUAUAAUAUUACAGGUUUCGGUUUGGACAUGAGCAGAAAAAAAAAUUCUUAGGGCCAAUAACCCCUUGGCUACUACCGUCAAAUACGGUUGUGGAGGUGGAAGGUGCUACCGGCUUUUUGCUUGUGCCCGGCGUGUCGCGUAUGACCUGUGUUACUGUGCGCUGGAACCACGGAAUGUGGAAGAUUGUGAUAACAAUAAUAUUAUAG